AUGGACGAUCUUGACCAUUGCCAAUACACUGACGACGACAUUGACGACCGAUCGCACGCUAUUGUUGGAGUUACAAAGACCGUCAGUAGGCUACCCCCUUCACGCACAGGACCUGGUGUCUAUAUCUCUUAUGCGACGCGCGGUUGGGUAUCGAAAAGAAAAACCAAGCCUGAACCUGUAUCAUCAUGUACAUUACAGCAGGCACCACCUGUAUCACGAUCACGGAUAUGCAUUGUUGGCUUUGGAGUCAUCCUGUCAUUGCUGCUAUUAUUGUGGAGUGCAUGCUUUGUAUACCGACAACAUGCCUGGUUCCAAGGAAAUGAAUGGCAGCCAUGGAUCAAGGGUUGGAUAGCAACACUACAACGGCAAUCAGAUUCUGUUUUGGCAAGAUGGAAUGUGCAACUCGACAGGAUACAACACGUGAUCAAAGCGUACAUUGAGGAUGACCAAUUGCUGUAUGAUCGAAUCAUUUCCAGACUAUCAGCCGACUUUGAAUACUACCAGCCUAGGCAAUGGAUGGAUAGCUUGGUAACAAAAGCAAAUCACGUAUGGCCACAAGUGUCGUUAUGGUUACGGAAAUCAGGGCAAGCAAUACAAGGGCAAGUAGCAGCAUGGCUCCAUGAUCAUCAGAGUGAUAGUGUGGAGAUUGUUGAAAUCGAUUUGAAUGAUGAGAUAAUAAUGUAG